AGACCUGAGGCGCCAGGCUUCAGUAGCGGUUCGACACGCGCGCGCCCGCCCGCCCGCGCCUCGCGGUCCCGGCUGGGCGGCUGAGCCGGGAGGAUCUGCGGCCACUUCUCGCCCUCCCAGUUGCUCUCUAGGGCGGGCACGCGGAUAAAAUGGCGAAGUGGGGGUAGCUGGCGCGGAACCUGAAGCGAUGGGGCGCGCUAGCGGGGCGGUCGUUGGAGCCUCCUGACGCGGGCGCGGGGUUGUUCUCCGCGGCAGUUUGAACUGGCGACCUCGGGCCGGCGCCUCGUAGGUCAGACCACGGACUCCGCGGGUCGCUGUAGGCCCCGCCGAGAGUCGGAGGCAAUGGACGAACAGAGUGUGGAGAGCAUUGCUGAGGUUUUCCGAUGUUUCAUCUGUAUGGAGAAAUUGCGGGAUGCACGCCUGUGUCCUCAUUGCUCUAAGCUUUGUUGUUUCAGCUGUAUCAGGCGCUGGCUGACAGAGCAGAGAGCUCAAUGUCCUCAUUGCCGUGCUCCACUCCAAAUACGAGAACUAGUAAACUGUCGUUGGGCAGAAGAAGUAACACAGCAGCUUGAUACUCUUCAACUCUGUAGUCUCACCAAACAUGAAGAAAAUGAAAAGGACAAAUGUGAAAAUCAUCAUGAAAAACUUAGUGUAUUUUGCUGGACUUGUAAGAAAUGUAUCUGCCAUCAGUGUGCACUUUGGGGAGGAAUGCACGGUGGACAUACUUUUAAACCUUUGGCGGAAAUUUACGAGCAGCAUGUUACUAAAGUGAACGAAGAGGUAGCUAAACUUCGUCGGCGUCUCAUGGAACUAAUCAGCUUAGUUCAAGAAGUGGAAAGAAAUGUAGAAGCUGUAAGAAAUGCAAAAGAUGAGCGUGUUCGGGAAAUUAGGAAUGCAGUGGAGAUGAUGAUUGCACGGCUAGAUACACAGCUGAAGAAUAAGCUUAUAACACUGAUGGGUCAGAAGACUUCUCUAACACAGGAAACAGAGCUUUUGGAAUCCUUACUUCAGGAGGUAGAGCACCAGUUACGAUCUUGUAGUAAGAGUGAGUUGAUAUCUAAGAGCUCAGAGAUCCUCAUGAUGUUUCAGCAAGUUCAUCGCAAGCCCAUGGCAUCCUUUGUUACCACUCCUGUUCCACCAGAUUUUACCAGUGAAUUAGUACCAUCUUAUGAUUCAGCUACUUUCGUUUUAGAGAAUUUCAGCACUUUGCGCCAGAGAGCAGAUCCUGUUUACAGUCCACCUCUUCAAGUUUCAGGACUUUGUUGGAGAUUAAAAGUUUACCCAGAUGGAAAUGGUGUUGUUCGUGGUUACUACUUAUCCGUAUUUCUGGAACUCUCAGCUGGCUUGCCUGAAACUUCCAAAUAUGAAUAUCGUGUAGAAAUGGUUCAUCAGUCCUGCAAUGAUCCUACGAAAAACAUCAUUCGAGAAUUUGCAUCUGACUUUGAAGUUGGAGAAUGCUGGGGUUAUAAUAGAUUUUUCCGUUUGGACUUACUUGCAAAUGAAGGAUACUUGAAUCGACAAAAUGAUACAGUAAUUUUAAGGUUUCAGGUCCGUUCACCAACUUUCUUUCAAAAAUGCCGGGACCAGCAUUGGUAUAUUACUCAGUUGGAGGCUGCACAGGCUAGCUAUAUCCAACAAAUAAAUAACCUUAAAGAGAGACUUACUAUUGAGUUAUCUCGAACUCAGAAAUCAAGAGAUUUGUCACCACCAGCUAAUCAUCUUAGCCCCCAAAAUGAUGACAGUCCUGAGACACGAUCUAAGAAGUCUGGGCCCUGUGCUGACAUGCUUCUCCAGGAUGGUCCUAUUUCAGCUUCUGUAAGAGAGGCCAAAGAGGAUGAAGAUGAGGAGAAGAUUCAGAAUGAGGAUUAUCAUCAUGAGCUUUCAGAUGGGGAUCUGGAUCUGGAUCUUGUUGGUGAAGAUGAAGUAAACCACCUCGAUGGUAGCAGUUCCUCUGCCAGUUCCACAGCAACAAGUAACACGGAGGAAAAUGACAUUGAUGAAGAAACUAUGUCUGGAGAAAAUGAUGUGGAAUACAACAACAUGGAAUUGGAAGAGGGAGAACUGAUGGAAGAUACAGCUGCUGCAGGACCUCCAGGUAGUAACCAUGGCUAUGUUGGUGCCAGUAGUAGAAUGUCAAGAAGAACACACUUAUGUUCUGCUACUACAAGUAAUUUAUUAGACAUUGAUCCUUUCAUUUUAAUGCAUUUGUUGGACCUUAAGGGCCGGAACAGUAUGGAAAAUUUGUGGGGCUUACAACCUCGCCCACCUGCUUCACUGUUGCAGCCCACAGUUUCAUAUUCUCGAAAAGAUAAAGAUCAAAGGAAACAGCAAGCAAUGUGGCGAGUUCCCUCUGACUUAAAGAUGCUAAAAAGACUGAAAACUCAAAUGGCUGAAGUUCGAUGUAUGAAGACUGAUGUAAAGAAUCCACUUUCAGAAAUAAAAAGCAGCAAUGCUCCUUCUGGAGACAUGCAGACAAGCCUUUUUUCUGCUGACCAGGCAGCUCUGGCUGCAUGUGGAACUGAAAACUCUGGCAGAUUACAAGAUUUGGGAAUGGAGCUCUUGGCAAAGUCAUCAGUUGCCAGUUGCUACAUACGAAACUCCACAAAUAAGAAGAGUAAUUCACCCAAGCCAUCUCGGUCCAGUAUAGCAGGUAGUCUAUCACUUCGAAGAGCAGUAGACCCUGGGGAAAAUAGCUAUUCGAGGGGAGACUGUCAACCUCUGUCUGAAGUUGCUCCAGGAAGCUCUCAGUCUGGGAGCAGGCACAGUUCUCCCCGAGCCUUGACACAUGGCAGUUUCGGUGAUAUUCUACCGAAAUCUGAAGACCUACAGAGUCAGGCUUUGGACUCAAAUGCUAUUGUGGUUGCUGUUAUCAAUGGCUUACCUGCUGUUGAGAAAAGGAGGAAGAUGGUCACCUUGGGGGCUAAUGUUAAAGGAGGUCGUCUGGAAGGAAUGCAAAUGGCUGACUUGGAAAAUAAUUCUGAAACUGGGGAAUUACAGGCUAUACUGCCUGAAGGAGCUUCAGCUGCCCCUGAGGAAGGAAUGAGCAGCGACAGUGAUGUGGAAUGUGACACUGAAAACGAGGAGCAGGAAGAGCACACCAGCCUGGGCGGAUUCAACGACUCUUUCACGGCACAGCCCCCAGAUGAAGAUGCUCAUUCCAGUUUUCCUGAUGGUGAACAAAUAGGCCUUGAAGAUCUCAGCUUCAAUACUGAAGACAACAGUGGAAGAUAAUUGGAUUCGAAACUGAUACUGCACCUGAUGGGUUGUUAACAAGAUCUAGGCUUGAGAAAAUGAAAGAUGUGAGGUCCAUGGGGGGAGUGGGGUAAAAUAUCAGGCUGGUGAGAUUCUGGUCACAAGCCUCGAGAAAAGACUGACUUCAAGAAAAACAAAUAUUGGAAAUGUCUAAUUACAUUCAAUUUUUUUAAAAUAAAAUAUGUAAACUAA